UGAGGGAAUACUUUGCUAUCGUAAUGAAAUACUUUGCGUUACAAUUGUAACUUGCUCAACGAAUCGUUUGAAUUAAGUGUAGUAUUUCUUUAAUAUACAAUGUGUUACUAUUGUACUCUCCCCUUUCCUGAGCCCACAUAGUUUCUCCCUCCCAGAAGCCCUCAGUCAGUACCAACAUGGCGGCGCCCGGUAGGCACGUAGGGCAUUAUAUCCAAAGAAACAGCCGACUUUUGCUAAAUAAUUUCGAGCAGCUAUGGAGUCCCAGGAAUUUUGGUUGGACUUCAGCUCUGCGACAACAAGCCGCAGAAGCUAAUAAAGAACCUCCAGAUACUAUUGUCAUCCCCAGGAAGAAAACAUGGAGCAAAGAAGCGGUGCUGGAGGCUCUGUCUUCGACCGUGGGCAGGGAUCCUACAGCAUAUCCAUACAACUUCCAGGAUGAUCCUUUCCUCUCGCCCAGGACAAUGAAUGAGUUUAAGAUGUACUCUCUCUCUCAGGAGUCCGGCAAAUCUGCAGCCAAGUUCUUUAUCAACAAUAAUCCCAAGUAUUUCACCAGAGACUUCGCUGAACCACAUAUACCGUGUCUGAUGCCAGAGACGGUGUCACUGCUCCUGGAGGAUGUGAGUGAGGAGGCGCUGAAGGAGCGAAUCAACCUGAGGAAAGUUACAGCUGCUGUUGAAAUGUACGACCAACUACUGCAGUCUGGCACCACAAUCUCCAUGGAAACAACCUAUGACCUGUUGGACCUGAUCUGUCUGUACUGCGACAGAGACCCUGUGGAGGAGGGGGGGGCGCAGACGGAAGAAAUGGAGGAGCCAGGAGAGGAGGUGAGGCGGGGCAGAGGGAAGGUGCGCUGGGCCUCAGACUUCGUGAAGUUCAGCUGGAAGGAGAACAACAACGCAGAGAGGAUCUUCAACCUGCUGCCAGAGAGAGACACUCGCUGCUACUCCGCUCUGAUCAGAGGCAUGGUCAAGCACGGAGCCCAUGCAAAGGCCUUUAGCAUGUACACAGACCUGCUCAACAACAGACUGACCGCUGACGUCCACAUCUUCAACGCUCUGGUGACCGCAGCUCCAGACGUCCGAGACAAAUACAACGAGAGAUGGGACCUCAUCGCUGAGCUUCUGAGUCAGAUGAAUCAGCAGAAAGUCCAGCCUAACCUGUCCACCUUCAACAGCGUCCUCAAAGCUCUGAGGCGCUGCGGCUCUCUGGCCAAAACACAAGCCAUACACACUCUGAACGAGAUGAAGGCCAUGGGGAUAGCUCCCAGCCUGGCCUCCUACGACCACAUCCUGAACGCCUUCUCCAAAGCAGCCUCCUCCUCUGGCGCGGUCAACACAGACAUUCUACAGGAAGUGAUGUCAGAGCUGGAGGGAAAAAGCUUCACCUGCCAGGACCCCGAUGAUGUUCUAUUCUUCUCAACCGCAAUGAGAAUAUGUCUGAACAAUAAAGACCUAGAGCUGGGUUACAGGGUGUAUAAUCUGGUAGAACAUGGAGAGAACUGGAGGCUGCUGGGAGCUUUCUACCACCAGGGGAUUUUCUACCGGCGUUUCUUCAACCUGCUGUGUAUGAUGGAGCACAUCGACGUGGUGCUGACGUGGUACAGGAAGCUCGUUCCCUCGUUGUACUACCCGAACCAUCAGGGUCUGAAGGACUUGCUGCAGGCUCUGGACACAGACGGCCGCCUGGACCUGCUGCCCACCAUCUGGAAGGAUAUCCGUGCCCUGGGUCAUGAUAAUAAGUCUGAACUGGUAGAAGAGCUGCUCAUGCUCAUGGCCCGAGACAAGCACAGUGCUGAGGUCCAGGAGGCGUUCGCAGCGUGUGCUUUGGACAUAAAGAGUGUGUCGGAGGGAGACAUGAGGAAGAACACUAUGGAGUGGAGCACAUCCUCCCUCUCCAACAUCACCUCCCUGCUGCUGCGUGCCGACAAGACUCAAGCAGCCUGGGAGACGCUGAAGCUCUUCAAAUCCAAGAACAGAGUCCCUGAAGAGCCGCUGCUGGAGGACUUCCUGUCGGUGUGCUGCAGCGACGGGUCUCCUCAGAGAGCGGUGAUGUUGGUCCAGCUGUCCGCAGCCUUCUGUCUGUCUGCUACACCCAAACUGGCCAAGAGAACCCUGGCUGAGUUUAAUCUGACCGAGAAGCAGAGAGCCGUAUUAUCUGAGCUGGAGUGUACAGGAGAGUCCUCAGGCUGAAGGAAACCUCUGAACCCAUCUACUGACACAAAAAUCUCACAAUUUCGUAGUGUGUUUCAUUAUGUGUGUGUUAAUAAACUCAUGUAUGUCACAA